AUGGAAGAGUUCCGGCCGGGGGAGUGGAAAGAGUAUCAAAAGAGCACUGGGAACUUCAAGAGGCACUUCAUGUCGACUUCGGAGCUGGAUAUGACAGAUCCGGCCACCUUCCUGUGGUCGCCCACCAGAAGCCUCCGGGAGCGCUUGGGCCUGCAGCGCGUCAACGACACAGUCCCUGCGAUCACCCCUGGGCGAGAGUCGCCCGAGGACUUCAGCGGCCUUUUCGCAGAGGUGGAAGACCUCAAGCCGGACAGGAGUGGGAAGAAGGGCAAGGGCUUCCGGCGGAAGGAUCCACAGGAGGACUUUCAAACCCUGGACGAGGAACCCCCAGAGAUCCCCGAGCCGGAGCCCAGCGCCAAACCCAAAGUCCGGGCGGCGAAGCAAUCCGAGGAGGCACUGGCGAAGAUCGAUGCCGGUGUGGCGAAGUAUGAGCAGCAAACCUGGGACCGCUUGCACGUGGAGCAAGAGGCCAUCCGGAAGAGGCUGUUCUCCCAGUGGGCGCAGAACCCCAACUCCAUGACCAGCAAGGAGUACCACAAGAUGCUGAGCAAAAUGCACAAGUUGGCCAGGUCCUCUAUGCCGGGAGAUCUGAAGCCAGGGGACACCUUGGCCACGCUUCAGUACAUGCUGGAUGCCAGCAAGGGCCCAGGCGAAAAGGAGAGGAAGGUGGAAAAGGCCGAGUCUUUCUCCAAGCUAGACAGGGACGAGGAACUCACUCUGACCUACGCGGCGUGGCAGCAUUGCAUGAGCGGGCGAGCUCGCCCAGAGGUGUCGCAGGCGAAGGAAUGCAGCCAAGAGAAGCAUCCGGCUGCAAGUGGGGUCUGUUAGAGGCUCCGAUCGAUUUGCUUCGGCUUAUGGCAG